CGCGCUGCAGGAGUCACUGCGCGGAGAAGCAGCGGGUCUCUGACGGUCUGACGCCGAGCUGGACCAGUAACCUCUGCAAACAUGGUCGAUGCUUUCUGCGCCACAUGGAAACUGGUGGACAGCCAGAACUUUGAUGAGUACAUGAAGGCACUCGGUGUUGGUUUUGCCACAAGACAAGUCGGAAAUGUCACCAAACCAACAGUAGUGAUCAGCCAAGAUGGGGACAAAGUAGUGGUGAAAACCCUGAGCACCUUCAGAAACACCGAGAUCUCCUCCAAGCUGGGAGAGGAGUUUGAUGAGACCACACCCGAUGACCGACAUGUCAAGUCCACCUUCACCAUGGAAGGAGACAAACUUGCGCAGGUGCAGAAGUGGGACGGGAAAGAGACCAAAUUUGUCAGAGAAAUCAAGGACGGGAAGAUGGUGAUGACCUUGACCUUUGAGGGGGUCCAGGCCGUCCGCACGUAUGAGAAAGCCUGAACUUUGAGGCGUCCACUUGAAAGAGCAAAUCAUCCCAGCACUGCGAACGAUCCGGAAGGUGUUCAUCUGUUUUGUCUUAAUGGAAAAAAAAUGUUGUUUUUAUUUGCAUGCUGUGAUUUGCACUUCAUUUGUUGUUUUAACUUGAGUUAAAUAUUUUGGAAAAAACUUUUAUAAGACCUUUUGUAAGAAAUUCAAAAUGUGCAAGGCCUGAACUGCUGUCUACAUGUGAAAAAGGGAAAAAAUAAACUGCCUGACUAAAUCUU